UCUAACGGGACUGAUAUGUUCUUGUAGAGGCUAAUCAUGAAUCACGACCGAGCUCCAAAAAGAACCCUCGAAGUUAAUUUCGAAACAGAGUUACCUUGCAAACUUGCCAAAUGUAAGACAUCGCAAGAUACUGACGAAAUUGCAAAAGAAAAUUGUUCCAUUCGGAAGCCUAAUUUAUCUUACAUAGCGAUGAUUUCAAUGGCCAUUCAAAGUGUACCCUCAAAACAGAUGUUACUUUCGGAAAUAUAUGAAUGGAUUUCAAAGAACUAUCCGUAUUAUAAAAUGGAGGAUAAGAGUUGGAGAAACAGUAUUCGUCACAAUCUCUCCCUAAACGAGUGUUUUAUAAAGUCGGGACGGAGUGAAAGUGGAAAGGGAAGUUACUGGUCAAUCCAUCCAGCUAACAUAGAAGACUUUGGAAAUGGCGACUUCCGCCGACGUCAGGCAAGGCGGCGCGUGCGAAAAUGUGAUGACGAGCUGCGGAUGCUGUGUAAACCGUGUUAUGCAUCCGGGGAUUCUGUGCUGACGUCACAACCUUCACAUUCACAGGUCAAGCUUUACUCUGGGUACGUACCUAUGAGCAGAACGUAUGUGAGCACGGGAUAUCUGACAUCCAUAUUUGGGACUGCUCCGAUCCGUACCAAGGACGAACAAAACCGAAACGCACAACAGACAGAUAGGUUUGUAUUACCUAAUGAGGUCAUCCCUCCAACUCUUCAAACAUUUCCCGGAAGUCUAACCGGUUCCCCCGGUGGUGGGGAAAAUGAUACCCCUUCUGUGAGUGUCAACGUGAAUGUAAAUCUAGACGGAUUUCAACAACAAUUUCGAAAGGUACAGCUAUAAUUAAAAACGGAAUUGGACAGGAACUAUCUACAUAUUUAUGUACAUUAAUUUGUUAUACUUAUAUAUGUAUAUAUAUAUAUAUAUAUAUACAAAUAUAGAUGAACUGCUGACUUGUUUGUGCAGUAUAUUACCGAAGAUCUACGUCCAAAUAAUGGUUAUUUUCGUUGCGCGGUCUUAGAUUAGAUCUAAAUCUGUGGUUGUUUUAAGUGACUGAAUUACGAACCUUUUGUUAAUUAAUUCCUGUUAAUUGAUAACGGAGCUGUUAAUGCUAUAUACAUGUGCAGGUUUUUUUAUGCUAAAAUAAGAUAUUUAACAAUAAAUGUUAUUUUUAUACAAUGUUGAAGACGCAAGUCUGUUAAUGAUGCUGGAUUUAUAACAAAACAUGUUUUUGCAUUAAACUUAUUUAUCCUAUAAUGUACAUCUGUUAUAACGUGUAAUAACUAUGAUACAAAAAAUGUAAUUAAUUUCGUGGUAUGUAAUACAGACCUGUGGUAUUUGACAAUACAAAGGCGGUUUAGCAAUUUGUUGUAUGGCCAUUCGAGUUAUUCCCCUUCCAUCAACCAUACUGUACCAUGAUAGAGAGAAGUUCUCAAAUCGUCUAAAAUAAUAACGUUGUUUUUCAGUCACAUAAAGUAUCGUAAUGAUAUCCUGUUCAGAUAUGCUGUUUGGUUCUAAAAAGGUCUGUGCGAUAUUGAACAAAAAUGGUUAACAGAAACAGGAAGACCUCAUACAAUGAGAGCAGAAAAAAUCUGGGGAGUCCAUUAUCCUGUCAAAAGAAUGGUUUUCUUUUUCCAUCGAGCCGGUCGCAUCGUGUUUCUGAAAUAACGUUACCAUGUAAAAGAACUUAAUUAUGUGUAAUCCGGCUAGUUAUAAAAACCCAAAUUGACAAUUGGAUAAUGGAUGAGGAAAUUGAUUCAGUAUAGGACUUUUAUAGAUACAAGCUUCCCCACCCAGAAGCAUAGUCAUGUCUGAGUUUAAGUGCCUUCAAUUUCCUUAAUCUACAGGACGAUCUUAAUUGCGAAGCCCCGUUAAGUUAGGAAAUGUUUUCCGUUGCAAUUUAAAAUCAAUAUAAAUCUGUCGGCGUGAGCGUAUGUGACGAUAUCGUCUCACAGAGGU